AUGGAUUCCCGCCCAAAAAAGUUCCAGCCUCGCGAUCAACAGGCUGACAGCGGCCGCCACGGCUCCUCUCGUGACUACCCGUCUUCGAGGCGGGAUCGCGAUGACCGCCGUGAUCGUGACCGCGACCGCGACCGCGAGCGUGAACGUGAGAGGGAACGUGAACGUGAGAGGGAGCGUGAGCGUGAGAGGGAGCGUGACCGCGACAGAGACACAAGGGAUAGAGAUAGUGGACGCAGACGCUCGCGUUCUCCAGACUAUCGCCGCUCCCGUCGUGAUGAUGAAGACCCCUAUGCAUCGAGCCGAAGCCGCCGCGACCGCGAGCGCGAAGACCGCUAUUCUGGGCGCGACCGCCGCAGCGAUAGAGAAUGGGAUCGUGACAGGGGCAGGAGCCGGAGAGAUGACGACGAUAGACGCGAUCGCCGUGAGCGCGACCUGUUCGAUGACCGCCGCCGGCGUGAUCGAGACUAUGAGAGAGAGCGCGACAGGCGGCGCAGCCUCACACCUCCGCAUAAGAAGCGCGAGCCUACACCUGACCUUACCGAUGUCGUGCCCAUUUUGGAGCGGAAGCGGCGUAUGACACAGUGGGAUAUCAAGCCCCCCGGCUACGACAAUGUCACUGCAGAGCAAGCUAAGCUCUCAGGCAUGUUCCCCCUCCCAGGAGCUCCUAGGCAGCAUGCUAUGGACCCAAGUAAGCUUCAGGCAUUUAUGAGCCAGGGUGGUGGUGCCAACAGCGCUGCUCUCAAGCCCACAAAUUCCCGCCAGGCCAAGCGUUUGGUCGUCAGAAACCUGCCGCCCUCGGCGACCGAAGAAAGCCUGGUCAACUUUUUCAACCUCCAGCUUAACGGUCUCAAUGUCAUCGAAACCACAGACCCGUGUCUUCAGGCACACAUUGCUCCCGACCGUUCGUUCGCCAUGCUUGAGUUUAGGAACAGCUCGGAAGCGACUGUGGCUCUUGCGUUUGACGGCAUAUCCAUGGAUGCAGAUGAUGCUGGUGCUAAUGGCGCAGAGGCUGUCCACGGCGGUCUGCAGAUCACUCGACCGAAGGACUACAUCGUUCCUGCUGUCGUGGAGGACCCGAACUACGACCCCGACUCUGAUGUUCCAUCAAGCGUUGUGAUUGACAGCCCUAACAAGAUCAGUGUUGCGAAUAUUCCACCUUAUCUUAACGAGGAUCAAGUCAUGGAACUGCUUGUCAGCUUUGGCAAACUCAAGUCGUUCGUUCUGGUCAAGGACAAUGGGACUCAGGAGUCAAGGGGUAUUGCAUUCCUGGAAUAUGUUGACCCUUCCGUUAGCAAUGUGGCCAUCCAAGGCUUGAAUGACAUGCCGCUCGGUGAACAAAAGCUCAAGGUCAAAAAGGCCAGCAUCGGCAUCACUCAGGUUGCCGGUGAAAUGAGCGUUAAUGCCAUGUCCAUGCUUGCCGGUACUACAUCAACUCAUGCAGAAGCUAGCAGCAGGGUGCUGCAGCUACUGAACAUGGUGACGCCUGAGGAGCUGAUGGACAACGAUGACUAUGAAGAAAUUCGGGAAGACGUCUUGGAAGAGUGCAAGAAGUUCGGAAAUGUCCUUUCUCUCAAGAUCCCAAGGCCGAUCGGCGGCAAUAGGCAGUCGGCUGGUGUUGGGAAGAUUUACGUGAAAUUUGAACAGGUUGAAAGCGCCACGAAGGCUCUUCGAGCCCUCGCCGGUAGGAAGUUCUCUGACCGCACCGUCGUUACUACUUACUUCCCCGAGGAAAAUUACGAGGUGAAUUGCUGGUGA